AUGCGGAAUCAUCAUCAAGCAUUAACUGAUCCGAAUAAUAAUAUCGAUAAUGAUUCGGACGAGGAGGAAGAUGAACCAGUGUUUAAAUUUUCACCAAUAUCAAUAUCAACUCGCAAACCAGAUAAUGAUAAAACUUUUGUUCAAGCAGAAUUUAGCUGUAUAGCUGUACAUAGUAAAUUUCUAGUCAUUGGAAAAGAAAGUGGAGAUAUUCUUAUUAUGGAUCAUAUGGGACAUAUUAUAUGUCAAGAAUGUCAAAUUAAAGCGCAUACAUAUCCUGUAAAUGCAAUAUCGAUCGAUGAUCGCGGUGAUUUUAUUGGAAGUUGUUGUCAAGAAGGAAAAGUAAAAAUAUCUGGUUUAUUCACUAAAAAUGAUGAUCAAUUAAUUACAUUCAAUCGUCCGAUUAAAGCUGUUUGCUUAGACCCAAAUUUUCUAAAAGCAAAAAGAUUUGUUACUGGAGAUACUAAGCUAAUAUUAAACGAAAAGGGCACAUUUGGUCGCCAUAAAACAACCACUUUACUGGAUAUUGAUGGAGGACUUAUUCACACUCUACGUUGGAAGGACGGCCUCAUUGCAUUUGCCAAUGAUAAGGGUGUGGGCGUUUAUGAUCUUAACGCACGUCGACUUGUUGGAUUUGAGAAUACUGAAUUAAAAAAUCUUGGUGUAUCAGCCAUUUCAUACAUUAAACUCGAAUAUUAUACGUGUGGUUUGACAGCUGUUAAUAAUGAUUUAGUUGUAUUAGGUGUUGAGGAAUUUACUAUAAAUGAUGUUUGUUCAGAGCCAUCAUUAACUGUACUGGAACCGAGGAAACAAACUUGCGAAGAUAAAACUCAUGAUUAUUUUGAAAUCUAUCGUUAUGAACAGACAACACCAUUUCAAUAUCAUUUAGGUGGACAAAAAGACAUAGUUUUUUUGUUAUUUAUCAAACUUUCAUAUUUUCUUUUUGCAGAAUAUUUACCCAAUGAGAAAUGUUUCUUUAUAUUAAAUCCGUAUGACUUAGUUAAAGCUGAAUAUCGAGAUUAUGAUGAUCAUAUUGAUUAUCUAAUUAAAAAAAAUCUUUUCGAUGAAGCAGUUGAUGCCUUUGAAAGACCACCAAAUAACCAAAGACCAAAACGACAUACAAGACAGGUCAAAGAAUCGUACUAUGAUCGUAUCUGA